UUUACGCAUGACACAAAUAUAUAUAUAUUUUUUUAUUUAUCCAAAAAAGUUAAGAUUACUUUCAGAGUUUGUGAACUUUGAGAAGAAGGGACAGCGGAGGAGGAUGGGUGUGCUCCAAUUUGUGCACUCAACCGAGAGUAGUCGUGCGUGAAAAGCGGCCUUUUUUAAGGAGCCGUCACUCUGUCCCUACCUGUUUGCAGGUGGACAUCUACUAUGACAUUGGGCUCGGAGGUCAUGGAGGAUAUUCUUAUCGACGUGGUGGGGGAAGGUUUCAGAGAUAGAGACGGAGAGGAGCAGCUCUUACCGUCGGACGAGCUGGAGCGCGCGGUGGAGCGGGACUCUUGCAGCCCCGCGCAAGCGUGUCCCCCCGCGGCCAAAACGAAAAAUCCCACGUCGGUGAAACCUCCAUACUCAUACAUCGCUCUCAUCACGAUGGCCAUCUUACAGAGUCCAAAGAAACGUCUCACUCUCAGCGAAAUUUGCGACUUUAUCAGCCACCGCUUCGUUUAUUACCGAGAGAAGUUCCCGGCUUGGCAGAACUCGAUCAGGCACAACUUGUCUCUUAAUGACUGCUUUAUAAAGAUGCCCAGGGAGCCCGGCAACCCCGGGAAGGGCAACUAUUGGACCCUAGACCCAAACUCCUCAGAUAUGUUUGAGAAUGGGAGCUUUCUGCGCAGGAGGAAGCGGUUCAAGCGGCAACAUUUCCGUUACGAUCCCCUCAAGGAGCACCGUGUGGAGCCCGGUGCACUGCACGCCGUUCCACACGGACACUACGGGCUCGGAGCACCGGCUCUCCAGCUCCCCACUCUGGAUAUUUACCCUUACAUGCAUCAUCACCAUCAUCAUCACCACGCACCCCCCGCCGCCGCCAUCCCACCUGUCCGCAGCAUCCUGCCGGCGCUGUCCAGCUUCUUCUCCCGCAGCGCCCUCACAGCCAAGGCUUUUCUUCAGGCGCGGCCCGCCAUCGAAGCCUUCUCGGCAGCUCACUGCACCGCCUACUCCGCUCCUCUCGCUCCCGCAGCAGCUUUCACGUCACCGGCGCUUUUCCACGCUGCGGUGUCCCCUCAUCUGGUCACCUUGCAGCAGGAGUAUCAGAAGUUACAGACGCAGCGUCAUGGAACACCUGAACUGGCAGCUAAACACCCGAGUGAUGACAAUGAAUAAACUCAUGGAUGCACACAGGACUUGAAUUUUCUCAGGUAACAGAAGACAGUCAAUCGGUAGCAGGUGUUUUUUUUUUACAUACAAAUCUUUUAUAUGUGACUGAAACAUGCAUUCUUCUUUUUUUACUUCAUUGGGAUACGCGGAGAGUACAUUUUAUCCGGGUGUCAUCCUGGAAAUAAAUAAAAAGGAACCUAA